UUAAUUGUUAUUAAAAUUGCAGCAUCGUUUUUGAAGACGUGUCACCGGAGCGAUCCACAUCUGAGCGAUUGUAUAAAGCAAAGUAUCAAUUUGUUGAAGCCGUAUUUGAGAAAUGGAAUUCCACAGCUUCAUGUACCACCGUGUGAUCCUCUACAUUUGGAUAAUAUAGAAAUCGAUCAAUGCUCUGGGCCGAUUUACGUUCGUGCGAAUUAUAAGAAUGUCUCCAUUUAUGGAGGGACCAAUAUAGUAACCAAAACCAUCAAAUUAGACUUCGACAAAAACCGAAUGCGCUUAAAACUACACAUCCCAAGCUUCGAGAUGACAUUCAAUUACAACCUCGACGGCAAGAUAAUGAUGCUCCCGAUCAAAGGAAACGGUACAGGACACGGAAACUUCACGAACAUCGACGCCAUCUUAACCUUACAAAUGGAGCGUUACACAAAUCAACAAACUCAAUUGCUUCAUCAAAGAAUAGUCGACAUUUACGUGGAUUUUGACAUAGGAUAUGCAGCUGUACACCUUGACAAUUUAUUCGGUGGUGAAACCACUAUGUCCAGCGCUAUGAAUUUAUUUUUGAACCACAAUUGGAGAACAGUCGUAGCGGAGAUUAAACCGAAACUUGAAGAAACUAUAGGAGAAUUGAUUAAAAAUUUUAUGAACAAUAUUUUUGCUGUGUUUCCUGAGGAUGUAUUAUUGCCACCUUGAUGUAGUUGUUUUUAUAUUUAUUGUAGUUUGAGGAGUGAUGAUAUGGAGUUAGGGUUAGGUUAGGAUAUUUUGUAUUUUUGUUGAAGUUGUGUAUGUUUUUGGAGAAAUAAAGAUUGGGGAGAGAUAAUUGUGUUGGUGAUUGUAUUUGGGUUUUGGGGGAGUGUGCUUUGUGUGGGAUUUUGGGAAGGUGGAGUUUUGGGACUUAUGGGACUUAGGGGACUUAUGGGACUUAUGAGACUUAUGGGACUUAUGGGACUCAUGAGACAUUGACAGUACACCACUUUCAAGUAUUAGGGUUGUACGAUGAUCAAACUUGGAAGUUUAAAAUU